CCAUUCAAUCGWAUGUCAACSGCGUGGAGACAUGCGCGAUGGAGACUCAGGACAUGGUGAAGGGUAUUGCAGGUGUCAGCAACGAAGGGAUAUCGGCCGGAGCAAACACCACGGACUGUGCAGUGGCCCUUGCGGGAAUUUGUGCGCAGGCUGCAGACUUGAGCACGGAUGGCGACAUGAGCGAUGAUGGUGCAAAGUGUCUUGUUCCAUACGAGAAUGUUGAGAGGACGAGAGCAGGAGGACACUUCCCAGUGCUGAGGUUGAACGAUGCGGCGACCCCUGAUGAGAAAUUACGGCAUGUGUUGAAACUAUGGCGUGUUCUGGACGCGAAGGGCGAUUUGAGGCUGAAUGAUUUUGAGUACGACAGUGUUGACUGCGGAGAGUCAUGGGUGAUUGGCGGGUUGGACACUGCAGCGGGCUCGGUUUGUGCAGAGACUGAUGCCAGGAGGGAUCCACGGUKGGGUUGGGUGCCACAUGACGCCCCCCUUCUUUGUGGCCGUGUGAGGAUGCCCAUGCGUGACGCCAUGGGCAAUGUAUGGACCGUGUGUUACAUAAAUGGCAGCUUCGUGUCCAGGCACCAGAACAGGGAGGUGACUGAAGAGGAGAAGAUGACGAUGGCUUGUCCCACCGCUGCUGCUCGUUGUUUUUCGCCGGCUCUUCGGAACCCUGUGGAGCUCGAGGUGGCAGAGGGGAAAGUGUUCGCGGGUGAGCAGGGGUACACAUACACGCAUGCCAGAGGGGAGGAAGCUACUGCUGAUGGAUUGUCCCCGCUGGUAUGGAACCCGCCCAACCUGAAGCCUGACAUUCUGGCUGCCAUGGACAUUACGGCCCAUGUCAUCCCUGAGGGGCAGUUGCAGCACCAUGUGGCCCCUCAGAAGUAUGGAUAUCAUGUGAAGGAGCACGUUCUGGUUGUGGAGCAUGCAAAGCGGUGCUGGGAUAAGAUAAGGGAGGAGGACCGUCAGAUGGUGUGCAUGGGUUACGACUCCAUGCCAGAGCAGGGGAUAUGGUCCAUGGUUGAGGGGAGUCCUGGUGGGCAAGGGCAGGGCGAUGGGGAGAACAUGUACAUGGCUCACAUCCGCCGCAGGCAUGGAUGCUCCGCCCAUGUUGGUUGGGUCCCGCCCGUAUGUCGCCUGACAUACGAGCAAGGUGGAGAGAUGACGAUUAGGUUCAAGGACCCGCUUGGUUUGGCGUUUCUGCUGACGUACUUGGAUGGCCUCCUGCGAGACAUUCGGUAUAUGGUGCACGAGGACACCCGAGGUGGACUUCAGAGGCCGGGACAGACGGAGGAGACGCGCUUGGGGCAUCAGGGUGGUUUGUCUGCUGAGGUGGAGGGCCCACGUGGCAGUGAGCGAGUUGCAGGGUGCUCUGCAGCGCAGGCUGACGUGGCCGGGUCCAGCAACACUGCGAUGUUCCACAGCCCAGAGGAAGGUGAAGGGGGUUGUGUCGAGGCCACAGAGGGGGAAGCCGGCUGGCCCUUCUUGCGCCUCGUCCGCGAGGUGAUGGAGAAGGACAUUUCCCCUGUUCAGGCCGUGAGGUUCCAGAUGACGGACGUGCGUGCUUUGAUGGAGGCUGCAGAGGCUUACCUGGUCGCCAACUUCGAGAACACAAACAAAGUGGCGAUCCACUCAAAGAGGGUGACCAUCCAGGUGAGGGAUAUGAGACUGGUGGAUAGGUUGACGAAGCCUCGCUGGGUGGAGAAAUAUCAGGGGAUAUUGGACGAGAGGGCGAGGUCUGAGGACAGGCAGCGACGGAUGGACGCCAGACAGGCUGAGAGGGAAGGCCGGGGAGCAGGCGCGAAGAAGAGAAAGGCACCGGCACCGAAUCGUAGGGGGGGUGGCGCAAGAAAGAAGGCUGCAUGAGAGACAGUGUGUGUGUGCUUCCGGAACGCUUGUCUUGUCUCUGUC